UACCAUUUUUUAUAGAAUGGCGUUAUUGUGAAGUUAUUGGAUCAUAAGUCAGCGCUCCGACAAGCUAUUGAACAAAUAUGUAAGGUAGUCCGAAAACAAGAGUUUUUGAUGUCGAUUAUUGAGCUCGGUCUUCUGGAGCCAUCUAAUGAAUUACUACAUGAACUCAAGCUGGCUGACCCCGAGAAUAAUUUGGAUAAUUUACGUCAGAGGAGCAAAGGAACGAAACCUAUGAAUCAAUAUCACGACUACAUAAAUUUCAAGCUUAACUUAAUAAGUCAUUUGUGUGAGUCGCCAAUUGCAGCCCAUAGUAAUCUAUCAAAAAAUGCAUUGCGUUUGCUUCACUCAGCACAAAUGGCGGAUAUGGAAUUUGAAGUUCAUACAUAUGCAUCAUCAACAUCAAGCGAUAAAGUUUGGGCUACAUUGAUGGUAUCGCAUAUUGAUGACAAAAAUAUGUCACUUCAAGUUCACAGCUUUAAGGCACAUCGUGUUAUUGUGUCCGCACGCUGUGAAUGGUUUAAAAAAGCGCUAAUGUCUGGAAUGCAAGAAUCUAUAAACAGAAAAGUCGUUAUUACGGACACUUCACCGGUAAUUUUUCGAAGACUUCUGCUCUACAUAUAUGGUGCUCCUGUAGAUCUUACUGUGGGAGCAGACCAAAUAUGCGAGCUAAUGCUGCUGGCCGAUAGAUACUCAAUUGAUAAUUUGAAGGAAAUAUGCGAGAGUACCCUGAAUUCCUUGAUAGAUGAGGAUUCCGUGCUCUUUUUGCUUGGGAUAGCGGAUCGAUACUUUGCAACUCUGCUCAAGUCCAAUUGCAUUUCAUUUUUAUCGCAACACGCUUAUCUUACUAAAUCUGAUAUCUUCAAGGAACUUCCAGAAGCUCUUCAAGUAGAGGUGAUUGACUUAGUAAAUUGGUUUGGACGAGCACCGGAACCAUGGAAGGAUUGCACCUAUAAGCCACGAAGCAGUUCACGUCACAGUCUUAAAAGUCCAUCUGCGCCUCAUUCACGAAAAUCGUCACCUUCUUUUAUGUGACAUUGACAAUGUGCCACCAAUAACAGCAAUGAGAUUAUCAUUCAUAAACAAUUUUAUAAAAUAUUAAUAUGGUUCUUAUUACAAUGUUUCACAUCACAACAAAUUCGUAUGUUCUAAUAUGUAAAUAUGAAUAUAAAACAAGUAAGAAGGCUCUAG